AUGGACAACACGCCCCAAGGUGGAGGCGUGGCACUAUCGAGCAAUUCUAGGGGUAAGGGCAAUGAAGGUAGAAUCGCCAAUGAAAGGCGCAAGGAAUACUUAUUCUUGUUUGAGUUUCCGGGAUACUCUGAAGAUGUGGAGGCCACCAAACUCAUGGACGAGCACGUGUCAACCGAGUACAAAGUUCCACGUUUGGUUGAAGACGAGUUCAAAGAUGUGCCAGAAUCAAGAAUUUCGAAAGAGAGUCCAACUGCUGGAACUGACGCUUCAAAAGUGAACGAAGAAAAUGGCAUAGGAACAAACUCAUCGCUUUUAGCGGCUGGAAAGCUUGACUUGUGGAGUCAAAUAGGGUGGCUCGGGGAAUUGGCAAGAAAGGAGCCGGAUCCAAGUGGAGCCCCGGGGAUUGACGUCGAACUGAUGAUUAACGGACGAGUGAAUACAGAAGUGCCAAUCGGUGAAUCGUCUUCUCACCAAUGUUUGCGUGGCAAAGUCAAGUCAAUUUCGGGCCACCCGCGGAAAGAUCAGAAGCUUCCAACCAAAAUCUCUAUGACUGAACUUUCACUUGGUCGCCUGGUGUCUCUACCAUUUGGAUACCUCCUGUUAGAUUUUAUGAUUAGAGUAAACCCUUCAAUUGAAGUUUUAGGCCUCUCCCGUCCCAUUUUCAGUUGUCCUAAGGUAAUCCCUUACAGUUGGAAUGCUAAGCUUGCAAGAGUUGUAAAGGGUGAAAAACGAACUAGGUAUACAAAGCUUUAUGUUUAUCCUGCUGCCCUAGACGGAGCUCUUUACCUAUUCCUACCUUCUUCUAAUAACAGAGAGCGAAAGACGCUAGGCACACUCUUAUUCGAACAUUGCCAAUCUCUCUUAGCUCCAGAGCCUAUUCUGAUUCAUGCCCUUCCUUCGAGGAGGUGCUAUCGUAUAGAAGAGAAGUCCGCCCCAGUCACUAAACAUAGCUCACCAAGCCUUAGGCUGAGGCGGCGGAAAACGCCCGAUUACGAGAGACGAGAUUCUAUUUAUUUGCAACCACCAGCUUCCCCAAGGAGAAGACCGAGAGAUUGA